AUGCAGUUCGACAGUGAAUCAGGACCAAGUGCUUUUAUUAGGGACAUUGAUGAUCCAGAACCUAUCGAUAUAUUCGAAAAAAUAUUUCCAAAAGAGCUAGUUCAGCUAAUCGUUUUCCAAACAAAUUUAUAUGCGACGCAAUCUGGCAAGUCUUUCACUCCAACAACUGACAAUGAAAUACGAACUUUCCUGGGAAUCAACAUUUUGAUGGGUAUAAAGCGUAUGCCAGCAUACAGAGACUACUGGUCUAGUGCCCCAGAACUUCAUGAUCGUUAUAUUGCAUCUCUGAUGGCAGUAAAUCGGUUUGGAUGGUUACUGAGGAACAUUCAUCUGAAUGAUAACACAUUGCAUCCAGAAAAAGGACACCCAGGUUAUGACAAACUGUACAAGCUGCGACCAGUGAUCAAGAUACUAUCUGAAUCUUUUUCCAAGUGUUACCAACCCAGCAAACACCUAGCAAUUGAUGAGUCAAUGAUCAAAUUCAAAGGCCGCAACAGUAUGAAACAAUACAUGAGAGAUAAACCCAUAAAGCGUGGUUACAAAGUGUGGAUGCUGUGUGACAAGACCUCUUACAACUUGAAAUUUGAUAUUUACACCGGAAAACCAUUUGCGCAGGUUUCAACACAGCUUAGUGCUGAGUCAUAUCCUACUGGCAGCCAAAUUAUUGUUCUGACAAGGGGAUUAUUAUCAGUGUGCGCAGAACUCUUGCAGAGGCCAUUUAACAGUGUGACACAAACCGUCGAAGAAUUAACAAAAAGCCUGAAGGACCGUUUCCACAAUGUAGAGAUGAGCAUCCACAAUGUAGAGAUGAGCAAGUCUAUACGAAUGCGCCUAAUUCAGCAUUCGGUUCAACCACCCAAAACGUUCAAGGUGGCGGCGGUAGCGUCUUUAGAGGAGGAGAUCAACCUACCUGAGUCGUUUGAGGAUCUACUUGAUUUUGGCAAUGAGUUGCUCAAACCAUGGAGUCAGAGCGGAGAAGGUGAAUAA